AUGUCUGGUUGGAUCCAUGCUACACUGUUACUCUUGUUGGUAGUCAAGGCACAAGGCUGUCCGCUUGGAUGGGUACAGGGACCAAUUAACUGUUUCUUCUUCAGUCAGUUUCCUGGAACCUGGGCGGACGCUAAUGCUAUAUGUCGGAGCUUCAAUGCAAAACUCGCAGAGCCAGAAGAGGCGAUUACGCUUACGUUUCUUAUAGGACAUGCGAAGUCUGAACAUGCUUUCCACGACCAAUUCUAUCUGGGAGGAAGUGACAUGUUUGUUGAAGGUGUUUGGGAAUGGUCAUCAACAAAGCAUAAAAUAAAUCCAGGUCACUGGUUACCUGGCAACCCCAACGAUGACGGUCACAACGGAGACUGUUUGACGCUGCAGGGUUCACAAGGAGGACUAAAUGAUGUCAUAUGUACAUCUGAUUACUCAUUCAUAUGUGAAACUGAGUGA